AAAACUAUUACCUUAGCAAAGAGCUAAAAACUAUAAUGUUGGCAUCCAAGACCAUUGCUUCUACUUUUAUAUAGUGUUUUACAAAUAGGCUAAUUUUAUUGAUUUAUUGCCGAUAUAUAGGGUUUGGGCCAUGCCGAUACGAUUUUUGUAAAAACUUAACGCAUAUUAUUUUUGGCCAAUUUUUCCCGAAAUAUCAAUGUAAAUCCGAUAAAGUGGUCGAUUUCUCCUGGGAUAAAAAUCGUCCGAUUUUCUGCAAUUUAUAUUGUAAGUGAACCAGUUCAGAUUAGGAGGCAAAAACCCUCUUUUUCCAUACCCCAUACGCAUCCACUAAACAAAAACCGUGCUAUCCUAUUCUAUCUACAUUUGCUCGUAUAAGCAUAAUUCUCUCUACCUACACUAUUAUCUCCCCCAAAUCGCUUGCAAAUUUCUCACUAGAAGACUUCUAUCGACGACCUCUCUCGAAGACCAUCUCUCGAUAUUUUAUUAAAUGCGCUUAGAUUACAUUUUAGGAUAUUAUAUUAAAAAUGCUCACCAUCGGACAUGAUACUCCGAUUUUUACUACUUAUCCUUGAUAUAUCCCUGAUAAUCGCGACCGAUAAGAAUUUUAUUCGUCAGAUAUAUUUUCGAUAAUCGAUAUUUAAAACGUUGCUUUUAUACAACCUUUGUUAUUGUCCAAUGCAACUACAACAUUAGACAUCAUAUAACCAGUGUUGUAAAACACGCUCUGGGCGGCCGUCUAGGCGCCCGCCUAGGCGGAGGCGGUGCCCAGAGCGUGCAAAAAUGCCCUGGGCGGCCGCGAUUAGGCGCUGCGAGCGCCUAGGCGGCCGCCCAGGGCUAAACGGGCCGAUUACACGGGCCGCUUCAAAAUUCCAUCCCAAAAAAGCGCUCUGGGCGCUCCCAAGAACCCGAACCCAAAAACAAAACCCGAAACCCAAAACCCAAAACCCAAACUCAAAAGUGAAAAAAUCUAUCCCUAAAUCUCUUACGGUUUCACCGACGCCGCCAGCAAAAGGAAAAAAAUCAAAAAUCGUCUUCGUCGCUUCGAUCUCGUGCUGGCCGCUGGCGUUUCGAGCUCUUCUUCAACCUCGUGCUGGACUUUCGAGCUCAUCUUCAAUCUCGUGCUGGAGCUUCGUCUUCGAUCUCAACCCAAGUUCGGUCUCGUGCUGGAGCUUCGUCUUCGAUCUCCGCCAAAACCCUAGUUCGAUCUCGUGCUGGACUUUCGAGCUCGCCUUCAACCUCGUGCUGGACUUUCGAGCUCGUCUUCAACCUGGGAGCUCAUUUUCGAGCUCGUCGUUCUCAUCUCCAACUUCGAGCUCGUCGAUCUCAUCCUCAUGCUGGACUUGCGUUCUCAUCUUCAACCUGUGUGGGUUGCUUGAUUUUUUGGCUUGUGUUUAAGAGAAAUCUGUCUUGAUUGAUUGGAAAGGUAAAAUCUGUGUUGAUUGGAAAGGUAACGUCCCUAAAUCUCUUGAAUUUUCUGUAUGUUUAACUGUUUAAGAGAGAUAGUAAGUUUAAUCCGCUGAUGUUUCAUGUUUGGUAGAUUCUUAUUACUUGUGAGGAUUUUUUAUUAUAUGUUCUUCAAUUUAGCAGGCUAGCGAAGUUGAGAUUUAUUGUUUCAAGCUUAAGGAAAUUAACUGCACCUAACCACCUAUGACUGUCAUUAUGCAUUUAUAAUUUAUUACAUGUCAACUUAAUAUAUUUAUAUCAUAUUUAGUUUAAUUGU